AACACGAGCCAGUUCGAGACUGCCCUUUCGCGUGCACGCUCCUUCGUUGGUCGACAGUGACAGCAAUUGCUCGGGACACUUACCCGUAGUGGACAAACAAUAAUUAUCGUGCACGUGUCCUCGACGAGUACGCGAUUCGAACGAUUUCUUCGUCCAGGCCACUUCUUCUUUCAAACGAAUCCAAGACCACCGCGAGCGUUCGCUCGUUUUCGGAUACUGUGCAGACGAAGAUGAUCGAGGAGCAAGACAAAAUCCGCGCUGUAGCGUGCUCGUUCGGUUCUUCUGGAACGCGGAUCGCCAACGAACGUUGAAUAUUCUCGAGAGGGCAGAUUCUGCGAAGGAAUCAACGGAGAAUGGCGCUCGUCGUUAUCGUCAAGAACUUCCAAGGACUCAAAUACAAAGGAGAGAAGGCCGUCAAGGUAGACUUUCGGGGCGUUGCUCACUACUCAAAAUGUCUCGAAGAAAGCUCAGAUCACAUCGCGGUGAACGAAGGUUUCACUUGGAAUUUGGGCAGACCAGUGGACGAGGCGGAAGUAUUGCAAUUGGCGGUGGUGUCGCGCGGAGUUUUGAGGAAUGAAAAAGUGAUAGCGAAAUAUGGAUUGGUCCUGCAGACUGUAGUGCGAGAAGGUCGAAUUGCCGUCACGGACUCUCUGGUAGAUCUCAACAACAAACCGCUUCCGGCCGUGGUUUGCUUCGAAAUUCGAUACAACCCCCCCGACGGAAGUUGCAGUUCGUACGCUGCAUCGGAAAUAAUGGAGGACGAGCAACAGAUGCUGAUCGACAUCGAGCAGAACAUUGCGAAUCUCGAGCGGAGCCUCGAGCAAGCCAAUACCAGCUCAGCCAAUGGCAAACGAAGGGGUUCCUGGCAGAGUCCCGAAAAAACUUCCAAAAGGGGUUUUCUGCAAAGGGGUAGCUCCCUGUCGACGGCUGAGAAGUCGCCAGAUCGAAAGAGCCGAAGUUCGACGUUGAAAAGUAUGAGAUCGUUCAUGAAGCUGGGGAAACAGAGGCCAUCCAGGGCUCGAUCCUGCGACAGCGGCUCGGAAACUAAAGAGUUACUCGAAAGAAGAGACUCGAGUUGUGCAACUUCCAACGAACCCUCGAGAACGAACUCGAUGACUUCUUUAGAAACGAACGCCUCCGACUACGACAGCCAGGUCAAUGUAAAUUCGUCGGAGGUACUGGACGCGAUCGUCAAACCAACGAAAAAAGCAAAACCCAAGACCACGGACACCGGGCAAACUGCGUUAAAGGCGCAGGACUAUCAAGUCUGCAUUACCAUAAUCGAAGCGAGACAGUUAGCGGGCUUGAACAUGGAUCCGGUCGUUUGCGUUCAAAUCGGGGAUCAACGAAAAUAUACCAGCGUCAAGGAAUCUACAAACUGUCCGUACUACAACGAAUACUUUGUCUUCGACUUUCACAUGCCGCCCGUGAUGCUUUUCGACAAAAUAAUCACGCUUUCGGUGCAGCAAUCGCGGAAUCUCUUACGCGCUAAUCUAACGCUGGGCAGCUUUAAAUUAGACAUCGCGACCGUGUGGGCACAACCAGAUCACCAGUUUUACCAUAAAUGGGCGUUGCUAACGGACCCAGACGACGUGGCUGGUGGUCCAAAGGGCUACCUAAAGUGCGAUAUAAGCGUGAUCGGAAAAGGCGACACCGUGAAAAUACCUCCGAAGAGCGAAAAAGACGAAGACGACAUCGAGGGGAAUCUGUUGCUUCCGGAUGGCGUGCCUAUCGAGAGGCAAAGGGCGAAGUUCAUCGUUAAAGUUUACAGAGCCGACGGUUUACCCAAAAUGAACAGCAGCAUCAUGGCGAACGUGAAGAAGGCCUUCACGGGGGAGGUCAAGGAUCUCGUCGAUCCUUACGUUCAAGUGUCCUUUGCUGGAUUGACCGGUAAGACGAGCGUUAAGAGGCACAGUUACGCGCCGGUUUGGAACGAACAGAUCGUUUUCACGGAAAUGUUUCCACCCCUCUGUCAAAGGAUUAAAAUUCAGCUAUGCGACAACGACCCGGUUCACGCCACCGUAAUUGGCACGCAUUUCGUCGAUCUGAAGCAAAUUAGCAACGACGGCGAAAGGGGAUUCCUACCCACGUUUGGGCCAGCGUUUAUUCAUUUCUACGGAAGCAUUAGGGAUUACAGCCUCAUAGACGAACACUCGACGCUGAACACGGGACUGGGCGAAGGAAUCUCUUACAGAGCAAGAUUAUUAAUAGCGAUCAGAACGGAAAUAAGUGAUAACGUUGAGAUGACUCCAUCGGAGGUCGAGGUGGAACCAACUGUGAUCGUCAACGAAACUGCUUACGCGAGGAACGAGGAGUUUUUCCUCUUCUCCACGAUAAUGGACGCCACAAUGAUCGACAAGAAACUCGGCGACAAACCGAUGUACUUUGAAAUAUCGAUAGGAAACGCGGGGAACGCCUUGGACGGUCACAACGAAAGCUCCAAAAUGUGCGAGAUAGGGCCGAAGAGCGGGACAAGCGGAGAGCAAGAGGAGUUGCUGGAGGUGUUGAGCGGAUCCUGGCAGAGCACCACUCCAGCAUGCAAACCGAUGACCCACGACAAGACUUAUUAUUUUUUACCAUACUGGGACGACAAGCCUUGUCUCCAUGUUCGAAGUAUUUGGCCAGAUUACAGGCGUAGAAUGUACAACAGCAAUAUAAUUAGCAAAAUCGCCGACAAGCUGGAAGAAGGUCUUUCGGAGGCACAACUGCACGCAGACGAUUCCUCGAGCGAGAAAAUCUUGAAAUCUGCUCUCGAGGAAUUGAGCAGCAACUGCAAUCGAUACGUCAGCAUCAGCAAGUCGUGUCUCACCGGGCCAGGGGUUGGGAAAACGAAGCUCGACAAGGAGAGAAUGAAACUCUGUCAAAGGGAAUUGGAGAAUAUAGGAAUCAUGGGGAGAAACCUUAAAGCGGUUGUCACUAAAAGUAGCUUCAAGGAAAGAUUCAAGACGGCUCAGGGUUACUUGCAAAAGUUAAAAUUUCUCGUCGAAGAUCCUCAAGAUUCUUUACCCGAUGUCUUCAUUUGGGUAAUUAGCGCAGGACGACGAGUGGCUUAUCAAAGAAUACCAGGAAGGGAACUGAUUUACUCGAUCGUUGACGAGGAAUGCGGCAGAUACUGUGGCAAAGUGCAAACCAUGUUUCUCAAACUUCCAGGAAAGAAAAAGUUCGGACCUUCCGGCUGGGCGAUACAGACGAAGCUGCAAAUUUACAUGUGGCUGGGUAUCUUGAAGCACAAGAAGUACUUUAUCCAAGGCUUGCCGAAAGGAUACGAACUCAGCCAUGAAUUGAAGAACGUCGACAGGCCGCGAGCGUUACCACCCACUAUUAUACAUUACGUUGACAAACACAAGUUUCAGCUGAGAGCGCACAUGUAUCAAGCCCGAUCUUUGAUCGGCAGCGACGCAUCCGGUCUAUCGGAUCCAUUCGCGAGAGUAAUCUGCGGUGAGUUUUGCAAGUCCACGCAAGUGAUAGACGAAACUCUGAGUCCCACGUGGGACGAGCUGCUUCUCUUCGACGAUAUCUUGAUCUACGGCACCGACGAAGAGAUCAAAAAGGAUCCACCGUCGAUCGUCAUCGAGAUCUUCGACCAAGAUAAAGUGAGUCAUUUUGUAUCUACGGACAUAACACUGCAUGAGGGCUCUGCUUUAACAGGCAAGUCGGAAUACAUAGGACGAGCAGUCGCGCGACCUCACGUGAAGCUCGCCUCGGAAACUUACACGCCACCAGAAUUUCCUCCAUCUUUGGAGUGGUACGACGUGACCAGAGGCGCAGCGAGGGCGGGCGAGCUUCUUGCAGUUUUCGAAUUGCUCGAGUAUCCUUCCACCAGAGAUUAUGGCUUUCCAACGCUGCCGGACCCGAAGGAAAGAACGAUUCAAUCGCACGCCGUUGCUCAGGACCAAGGACCUAUUCUUCCAGUUCCUAUUGGCAUUCGACCAACCCUCUCCAAAUAUCGAAUCGAGGUUUUGUUUUGGGGCUUGCGAGAUCUGAAGAGGGUACAUUUAUUAACCGUGGACAAGCCGCGCGUGGACGUCGAGUGCGCUGGUCACAUCCUUUAUUCCUCCGUGAUACCGAAUGCAAAGAAGAAUCCGAAUUUCAAUACGCCGAUCAAGUUCUUGGAGCUGGAGCUACCGGAACAGGAACUUUAUCGGCCACCGUUGACAAUCAGAGCGGUGGACUGCAGAAGCUUUGGCAGAUACACUCUCGUUGGCACGCAUACGAUCAAUUCUAUUCACAAGUACAUGUACUGUCCGCAGACCAAGAGAGCGAAGGACGCUGAAGAGAGGAAAAAGAAUCUUUAUCAGUUGCAACAAUAUACAGGCUUCGACGCGUCGAAAACGAAGUACCAGCAGACAUCUCUACCAGAGUCCCUGGCAGAUCUCGAAUUCAAUUGCGGAGACACGAUCAUUACCUUGGGUUUAGACCCAGGAUGGCCAACGAAGAAAGACAAAACGGAGCAAAACAUACGAAAGAAGCAAAGCCUGGUUUACGAUGGGAGCACUGGGGAUUUCUCAGUCUUCGAGGACGAGGACGGCUGCCAGGACUGGUGGACGAAGUACUUUGCCUCCGUCGAAGCGAUGAUAGAGGAAAACAAGGAACUCCGUAAAGAGAAAUCAAUUUUUCAAACUCAAUCGAACGGCACCGCUUCGAUGUACAUGGAGGAGAGUUACAAUCAAAGUCAAGGGAACGUCUCGGGAGAGAAGAGCCCUGGCGUGACGGCGAAGAAACUAUUCGGCCUAAAAUCGACCGCAAAUGCGGCAAGAUUCGUCUCGAAGCUCAGCCCCAGGCACAGUUGUCGAAAGUUCCCGAAAACAGCACUUUUGAAAAUCUAUCCGAACGAGCUGGAGGCUCAGCCAGAGUUCGAACACUUCAAGGAAUGGUUGCACACGUUCGAGCUGUAUCGUGGCAAGAAAACUGGCGACGAACCCGAGGACGAGUCCCGAAUCGUCGGCAGUUUCAAAGGCGCUCUAAAGGUUUACAAGUGGCCACUUCCAAAAGACCUGAUUGAUCACACGGUGAUGGGCUUCGACCCUCAAUACGGUUUCUUCCAAGGUGUACCUUCGAACGAACCGAUUCACGUCCUGGUGCGAGUUUACAUCGUCAAAGCAAACGAUCUCCACCCGUGCGAUUUGAACGGCAAGGCGGAUCCUUAUGUUGUUCUACAACUGGGUGGCAAGAGGAUCAGCGACAAAGAGAAUUACGUGUCGAAGCAGCUCAAUCCCGUGUUUGGCAAGUGUUUCGAAAUAGAGGCGACCUUCCCUCAGGAUUCGUUGUUGACUAUUCAAGUGCUGGACUGGGAUUUGGUAGGCGCCGACGACAUGAUCGGUGAGACGAAGAUUGAUUUGGAAAAUCGAUUUUAUAGUAGGCAUCGCGCAACUUGCGGUCCAGCCAAAAGAUACGACGAAUCUGGUUACAACAAAUGGAGAGACGCCAUGAAGCCAACUCAAAUUUUAUCGAAACUUUGCAAAGAAGGGAAGGUGGAUGGUCCAUUGUACUCUCAUGGGCAAGUGACAAUCGGUAGGAAGACGUUUUCUCUAUCGAACGAAGAAAUGGAAUAUUACGUUCACUCCAAAGGCAUAGAGGAACACCUUGCGUUGGCAGUUCUUCAUCAAUGGCAUGCUUUCCCGCGAAUUGGUUGCGCGUUGGUUCCCGAGCAUGUCGAAACACGACCCCUUUACAAUCCUGAGAAGCCAGGAAUAGAACAGGGGAAGCUAGAAUUGUGGGUGGACAUGUUCCCCAUGGAUAUGCCUUCGCCAGGACCAUCGAUCGACAUUUCGCCAAGGAAGCCAAAGAGUUACGAGCUCAGGAUUAUUAUUUGGAAUACGGACGACGUGGUGUUGGAAGACGACGCUUUCUUCACGGGCGAGAAGAUGAGCGAUAUUUACGUGAAAGGAUGGUUGAAAGGACCAGAAGAUUGCCAAUCCACGGAUAUCCACUAUCGAUCUCUAACCGGGGAAGGGAAUUUCAACUGGCGUUUCAUAUUUCCGUUUGAUUAUCUCGUGGCGGAAGAGAAGAUUGUCAUCAAUCGAAAGGAGAGUCUCUUCAGCUGGGACGAGACCGAGUGCAAGAUUCCAGCUCGCUUAGAAUUACAAGUUUGGGACGCGGAUCAUUUUUCCGCCGAUGAUUUUCUAGGUGCUAUUACUCUCGAUUUAAAUCGGUUUCCACGUGGUGCGAAAAAUAGUAAACUUUGCACGUUGAGUAUGUUGAAGACCGACGGAUCCGUGCCGAUGGUAAACAUUUUCAAACAGAAACGGAUAAAAGGCUGGUGGCCCUUCUAUGUGAAAAAAGAAAACGAAGACAUGGAAUUAACGGGAAAAGUCGAGGCUGAGAUUCAUUUGCUAUCCAAAGAGGAAGCUGAGAAAAAUCCAGCUGGAUUCGGCAGAAACGAACCAGAUCUACUCGAUAAACCAAAUCGGCCCGACGCAUCUUUCAUGUGGUUCUUAAACCCCUUGAAAUCGAUCAAAUACAUCGUGUGGCACAACUACAAAUGGGCUAUUUUGAAAGCUAUCAUAACCAUCGGUAUAGUGGUACUUCUGUUGUUGUUCUUUUACGCUAUACCGGGUUAUUCUGUUAAAAAAUUGUUAGGAGCUUAGGCGUACCGAUUUGUAUGCUUUAGUCGAACGUAGCUGUAUCAUUUGGAAUAUAAAGGACGAUAUUUUGAUAGUAGGGGAGAAUUGAAUGUAUUCGCGUUGUUGUUUAUUCUUGCAUAUAAUGUCCAAUAUUUGAAAAAUAAUUUUCUUGUUUGAUAUUAUUGAAUUCAUAUCAAGAAUUACUUCGUUACCGUACGUUGUAAGUAUAAUACAGUAUACGCGUGAUGUAGACAUAAUGAAUUAUACGGAAUAAUAAAAAUAAAUUAUUUUUUUUGGAUAUCUAAUAUCUACUCGUUUCGCGCUACGCCCCGUCGUACAAAUUCCAUAGGCCUUAAAAAUUACAUUUAGCGACUACCUUACAUGGCUGGAAUAUUUAAUCAUUUUCUAAGCUAUUUUUAAUAGGAAAUGAAAAAAACAGUUUCAGCUUUAGACAACUACAGCGUUCUUAUUAAAUUAUUACUGUAUAGUGGACCAACGAUAUGGUAGGAAAAGUGGGGUGAGGUGUACAUAAAUAGUAGUAGAACACACGAUUAAGAGCCAUUAGAUGCAGAACAAUAAUAUGUGUAAUAUAUAAAAUUUUCAUGGGGACAAUUCAUUACGAAUAUUGUAACCUACAUCGUUGUAAAUAGAUAGCUUAAUGUAAAUAAUAUGUAAUUAGGAAUUAAUAAAAAUAUGAAAAUGUAAUCAAUAAAGGGUUCAUUUUUCAUAGA